AUGAGGUCUACUGUCCAAGUAAUUUAUCCUCAACAUUCCAAACUUACGGAUAAAGAAAAAACCAAUAUUUGCUAUUUGUCUUUUCCAGAUUCAAAUUCAGGUUGUCUUGGAGACACCCAGUUUUGUUUUAGAUUUCGACAGUCUUCGGGGAGGAGGGUGUCGCUGCAUUGUCUUCUGGAUCAGUUUGACAAAGAUUUGCCAGUUUACUUAAAGAAAGACCCUGCUUAUUUUUAUGGAUAUGUGUAUUUUCGACAAGUUCGAGAUAAAUCUCUUAAGAGAGGCUACUUUCAGAAGUCAUUGGUUUUGAUCAGCAAACUACCUUACAUUCAUUUUUUUCACACUGUGCUGAAACAGAUAGCACCAGAGUAUUUUGAAAAGAAUGAACCUUAUUUGGAAGCAGCGUGUAAUGAUGUUGACAGAUGGCCUGCCCCAGUGCCAGGGAAAACACUGCACCUGCCUAUCAUGGGAGUGGUAAUGAAGCUUCGCAGGUGUUUCUGCCCGGUUUUUCUUCAUAGUCAGAUGCUGUGGGAGUUGGUGCUACUGGGAGAGCCCCUCGUGGUGAUGGCGCCUUCACCGUCGGAGUCGUCAGAGACCGUCCUGGCCCUCGUUAACUGCGUUUCUCCAUUAAAGUACUUCAGUGAUUUCCGACCUUAUUUCACUAUUCAUGAUAGUGAAUUCAAAGAGUAUACUACCCGUACUCAAGCUCCGCCUUCAGUCAUAUUAGGAGUAACGAACCCUUUUUUUGCUAAAACACUUCAGCACUGGCCACACAUUAUUCGAAUAGGAGACCUUAAACCUGCAGGUAAAGAAAGAUAUGUGGCAAGCUUGAUGCCUUUGCAGAAAACUAUUUCUCCAUGGAAGAGUCCACCCCAGUUAAGACAGUUCCUUCCAGAAGAAUUUAUGAAAACACUUGAAAAAACUGGACCUCAGCUCACCUCCAGAAUAAAAGGCGAUUGGAUUGGACUUUACCGGCAUUUUCUGAAGUCUCCAAAUUUUGACGGUUGGUUCAAAACCCGGCGGAAGGAAAUGACCCAGAAACUGGAGGCACUACAUCUAGAAGCUCUUUGUGAAGAGGACCUACUUCUCUGGAUCCAGAAACACACAGAAGUAGAAACAGUAGACCUUGUACUGAAGCUAAAAAAUAAACUGUUGCAGGCUGAUCGAGAGCAUUUACCUGUGAAGCCUGACACUAUGGAAAAGUUACGGACACAUAUAGAUGCAAUUAUUUUAGCAUUGCCAGAGGAUCUUCAAAGUAUACUGCUCAAAACAGGCAUGACAUGAUAUUUGCCAGGAUUUUCCAGCCAAGAAGUAUUGUGCACCAUGAAGCACACUGACCUUUCCACGGACAUCCACAGGAGAUCUCUCCAUGGCAGCAGAGUGGAAAAUAGCAAUGAAUUCUAAAUACAGGGUGGGAAGACUGCAUUGUAUAAAUAGACCUUUUUAGCACAUUAUUUUUAAAAAUGAGUAUUUGUGGUGGUUCCACUUUAAUACUGAAACACCGAAAGGUAUUUCUAUAUUUUUAAUCAUGUUCUCUAAAGUGCUCUUAUGAGAGACCUCUGGGGCCAUCAGCGUAAGUGAUUCCACACUGUAGUGCUGGCACUGCAGGUAUUUUUUUAAACUGGUGCUGCUUUGCCUGAUUAUAAUAAAACUCAGGGGGAUAUAAAAAUUAGUGUUCACACUGGCCAUUGUCUUAAGAAGGAAAAGACUGAACUGUCCAACUCUAGUGAGCAGGAAUUGAUGCUUAUGUAGUGCCUUCUGUUGUCCUACAUGUUUCAAGAGUCAGCUGCUAGUCUUGAGGCUUUUUUUUUUAGCUUGAUUAUGAUAUGUAAUUUUAUAAAGCAUUCUAUUGAAUAAUCACUGCUAAAAAGUAUCUUGCUUCUCAUGCUUGUUAGUAGACAUGGUAUUUUCUUUUUUCAUGUCAUGCAGAUUUUUUUUUCUUCAGACAGGAUCUAUAUCCAUAUUUGCAUUUCACUGUUUGUUUGUUUGUUUGUUUUUUACCAUUUUCAACAUUUUAGUGUCUCCAAAGUCAAGAAAGCAUCUUGUGUUAAUUAUGUAAAUGUUUAUAUUCUCUUAGCAGGGUGUGGUGGCGCAUGCCUGUAAACCCAACACUUGGGAGGAUGACAGAAGGAUCUCUAAGUUUGAGACCAG